AUGGCGUCUCAGGAGCAUCCGUCGUCAAGCUCUGCACCCCUGUCACCGUUGCCGUUGCCGCCUGCUGAGUUAGCAUCGCCGCUUCCUCCGCCACUCUUUAACGAGCCCUUCAUCAUGCCAGCAGCGCGCACCUCACGCUUCGCAGCGCCCGUGGACCGUGUCGUCGGCGAGGCGGAGCUGCUCCGUCAAAUGCGCUCCUUGCUCGGCCCCUUUGCGUCCACAUCCCGUCUCCUGAACCACCUGCGCGCCGUGCGCGGUAAGGUCCACUGGGCGGUCAACCGCUACCUACGCGAAGAGCUCAUGACCGGCUCAUCCUGCCCAGAUUUCGCUCCUCGGCCCGUACCGCGCGAUUCGUACCGAUCGGCUUCUUCCAUCGAGAGCUCCGCGCGCGGGAGGAGAGCGGAUGCAGCAGAUUCCGCAAGCGUAUCGGGAGAUGCGGGGUUUGCGGCACCUGAAAGGGCUGAAGGUCCUGUCACGGGAACUGUAGUUGAUGGAUUAGAAGGAGCGACGGUAUUAGCGGGCUCGCCGUGCGCGGACCGGUCAACUUGGCCAACCCUAGACCCGCAGAUUAGGGCUCGCGCCGAGUUACCGGUUGCCGCUGCGCACGGCGUCGCAUCUCCUGUCGACGCAGAGUCGUCGAGACAAGGAAUCCCGCACGCAGAAGCAGCCGUCGCAGCGCGCAGACCGGUGUCUUUAGAGGCGGACAGUAGAGACCUCACAUGUUCCGCCGCCUCUCCUCCCCCUUCCGCCGGCGCAAGCAGCCGUCCGCGACCGUGCGCAUGCAUUCUCUCGUCGCUGUCCGCGUACGGUACCACGGUCGUCGCUGGCACUCCAGAUGCAGCGCUCACGGGCUGCGACGAGGUGUCCGCCGCAGGGAGGAAAGCAGGUGCGGCGGAAGAAGUGGACGCGCGGGGAGGAGGGUUGUGUGCGCUGACCUCUGCCGCUUCGAGCGUCAAGUCUGUGUCGCAGGUAUUGCCUGGAUUGUUAUCGCCGGUGUCGCCAGGAAUGUUGGCGGAAGGAGGGGUAGCGGUUCUAGAGAGUGCUGAUCGGCUGACAGCAGUAGGCGGCAGGCAGCAGGCGGUAGCGCUGAUGCCCCAGCUGCAGGAGCAGGCGGACGAGGGAGGCGCGGAUGACGCGGAGAAAGAGCGCCAGGGCGCAGCGGAGCGGCAUGGGGAAGGGAAGGCGGAGGGGCAAGGCGAAGGGGACGGCGUGGGGGCGGCGGAGUGGGAGAGUGUGCCUGAAGGGAUCUUGGAGUCGGUGUUUGCUCGGCUGGCGUUUGAAGACCUGGCCGCCGUGCUGCUCACGUGCUCCGCGUGGCAGGCAGUGGCGCGCAGUGAUUGCCUUUGGAAGCAACUGUUUCUGCUGCGAUGGGGGCACUCUGCCACUCAAGCUAUUAUGCAGCAGCGGCGGCAGCAACAGCAAGAGCAACAGCUGGAGCAAGAGCAGGAGCAGCAGGAGCAGGAGCAGCAGAAACCGGAGCAGGAGCAGAAAGAGAGCAGGACGGUUACUAGCAGCAGAAGCGCAGUGGAGCAGCAGAGGACGGAUGAGCAAGUGCAUGAGGGAGCCGAUCUUGCACAGGGAGAUGACAGCAGCGGUGGAGAUACCUCAGCUCGUCCGUUGCAUCCAGACCAGCAGCAGUCGCCAUCAGUCACUGCGGCACCGUUGCCGUGGCAGGAGGCGUUUCGGCAGCGGCUGGAGAGUGAGAGGGCAGCGCAGUGCCCCCAGUGCCGUAGGUCGCGCUUUGUUCCCAUCGUGUACGGCUUCCCAUCAGCUCCGCUGGUGGCAGGCAUGCGCAUGGCGCAGUGUGUGCUGGGAGGGGACCAUCUCACAGACUACCCAGGGUACAACCCCCUGUGGGUGUGUGUGGGGUGCACCACCCGGUGGAGGAAGUAUCCUUAUGCUCCUGACUGCGAAGGCCCCUACUUCCCGCCCUCGCUCUCCACCUCAUCUGCCUCGUCCACAGGCAAUGAGAUUGACGACUUUGAUCGUCCUUUAAUCUUCGCCAUGGCUGACACCGCACCUCCACAGUCCUCUCAGGACGCACCCGCGCCCACUUCUACCCCUCCAGACUCUGCGCCUGGUGCGCCGGCUGCCGCCGCGACUGCUCCGCCUGCCGCUCCAGGAGCGCCGCCCGUCGCACCCCCCGCGACAACCCCCCCGGCUGCGCAGACCACCGGGGCACCGAUCGCGCUGUCUGAUUUCGAUCAGGCGAAGCGCAAGGCGGAAGAGCUCGCGCAGAAGUUUCUUAACGCGGGAGGCGCGAAGCGGUCCAAGUUCGACGACGGGCCGCCCGCAGGCGUUGCCGCCGCCGUGGCUCCUCCCGGCGUGAGCGGCGCGAACGGCGGAGGCCCGCCGGGUGGUGUGGCGAGCUUCGCGCCCGGUCCUCCCGGAUCGCAAGGCUAUGGCGCUGGCGCGCAGCAGCAGAGCCAGCCGCCGCCGUACUACCAGCAGCCGCAGCCGGGGGGCGCCGCGCCUUACUACGAUCAACAGGGCGGCGCCGCUACGCAGUCAAAGAAGAUCGACGUGCCGAACACGCGGGUGGGGCUGAUCAUCGGCAAGGGCGGCGAGACGAUCAAGUACCUGCAGGCGCAGUCGGGCGCCAAGAUCCAGGUCACGCGCGACAUGGAGGCGGACCCGCGCGCGCCCACGCGCCCCGUGGAGCUCACGGGCACGGCGGAGCAAAUCGCGCAGGCGGAGCAACUCAUUAAGCAAGUGCUCGAAGAGUCAGCCGCGGCCAGAGCGGCAGGAGGUGGAGGUGGUGGAGGAGGCGGAGGAGGCGGAGGGGGAUCGUACCCUGGAGCACAGGGCGGAGGGGAGACGGUGACGAUUAAGAUCCCCAACAACAAGGUCGGCCUCAUGAUUGGUCGAGGUGGAGAGACGAUUAAGAGCCUUCAGGCGCGUUCAGGUGCAAGGAUUCAGGUGCAGAGCGAUCGCGAGGUGGAGCCGGGGUGCACGGAGCGCAACGUGAUGCUGAUGGGCAGCAAGGCGCAGACGGACAUGGCGCAGGACCUCAUCAAAGAGGUCCUUGACGACGUAAGUUGCCGCUCCCCCCCUUCCCCUCCCUCGCGCACCCUCUUUUCCCCCUCUUCUCCCGCCUUUCCUUCACACCCCCCACUCCACCUCCCCCUCCCUCCCCGCUCCUCUCCCCUCUUCCUCCCCUCGGCCCGUCGUUCUGGAGCACAUGGGGUGGUUCUUUGCGUGCGGUACCUUGGCGUCUCUUGUCGUUCUCCGGUCGCUUGCCAUGCGAGCCUAUCAUUAUCGAUCAUGCCUUUCAUCCAAAUUUUCUGCUUUUCUGCGUCUCUUGUUUGCCUUGUGUGCUCCCCCGUUCCCCUCCCACCCUUCCCGGCUCUCCUGCAUUCUCUCGCUCCUUGCCUUGCCCUUGUCCCCCCCAUCUUGCUUGCUUGCAUGCCUGUGCUUGUGCUCGUCCUGCCCUCCCUCCUUUCGGUCUCUCCCUUCGCCCCGCUCCUCCUUCUCCUUCCUCCCCCACUCACCUUGCUGUUGUAUGCUUCUUGUAUGCCGGCCCCUCCGCUCUUGCCUUCCUCUCUUGCCUCUUCUCUUGCUCGCUUGCCCUCGUGCCCUCGCCGCUCGUCCGCCCUCUCUCCCCCCCGCGCGUCCUUGGCAAUGCAGCCUCGAAGGUCAGGUCCCGGUGGUGGCGGAGGGGGAGGUGGCGGAGGGUACGGGGGGCAGCAGGGGGGUUACCGCUCGGGCCCGGGCGGUUGGCAGGGCGGAGGGGGCGGCGGAGGAUACCAGCAGCCGCCCCCGGGGCAGCAGCCGCAGCAGGGCGGGGGAUACGGGGGAGGGUACAGCCAGGGGCAGUACGGGGGGCCGCCGCAGCAGUACGGGCAAGGGCAGGGCUACGGGGGGGGAUACGGGGCGCAGGCGGGAGGAGGCGGGGAGUACCAGCAGCAGGGGGGGUGGGGCGCGGGCGCACCACCAGGGGGGCAGCAGCCGCCCCCGCCUGCCCCGCCAGCGCAGCAGCCGCCAGCCGCACAGCCACCCGCGCAGCCAGCAGGAGGCGCACCAGCAGGGGGAGGGUACGAUUACUAUGGGCAGGGCGCACAGGCGCCCCCCCCUGCUGGGGACGGGGGGUACGCGUAUGGCGCUCAGCAGGGCGGGCAGGCGGGGUACUAUGGGGGAUACCAGCAGGGGUACCCGCAGCAGCAGGGGCAGCAGGCGCCUCCUGCGGGGUAUGCAGCAGCACCGGGGGGGUAUCCUCAGCAGCAGGGGUAUGAUCAGCAGGGGUAUGGGCAGCAGGGGUAUGCCCAGCCAGGGUAUGGUGCGCAGCAGGGCGGGUAUGAUUACUACGGGCAGGGGCAGCAGGCGCAGGGAGGGCAGGAUGCGUAUGGGCAGCAGCAGCAGCAGCAGCCCCCGGCGGGGGGGCAGCAGGCGGCAGGGCAGGGGUAUGGUGGAGCGGAGGGUGGUGCGCAGGGAGGGUAUGAUUACAGUGCUGCUGCCCCGCCUGCUGCCGCUCCUCCUGGCGCCGCUUAG